AUGGCGUCAGCGGCGCGUGGCAGUCGAGAGACACCGGCCGUCGACAGUGCCACACUCACACAAACCUCGGCAGCCGCCUCAGACAACGGCAGCAGUUCCGACAACACGGUACAAAACAACUUUAACAACUCACAAGCAAAGGAAGAGCAAGAGAAAGAGCAAGAACUCGAAAGAGCCAACGAAAAUGCCGACCCAACCGCGCCGCCAACCGACCCACCAACGGCGGCCACCGGCCCCGGCACCGGCCCGUCAGCCGCUGCCCCCGAAGAAGGCCGCACCAACCUCGAAACAACAGCCAUCAUCCUCGCCCUAGCCAGCGCGCUCUUCCUGGCCGCUCUGGACGUGACCAUCGUGACGGUUGCCAUCCCGACAAUCUCGGAGGAGUUCAACAGCACGACGGGCUACACGUGGAUCGGGUCGGCGUACCUUUUGGCUAACGCGGCAACGGCGCCCAUGUGGGGCAAGAUCUCGGACAUCUGGGGACGCAAGCCGAUUUUGUUGAUCACGGUGGCCGUGUUUUGGGUUGGCUCGCUGAUUUGCGCGUUGAGCAAGAAUAUGGGCAUGUUACUGGCUGCGAGGGCGAUUCAGGGUGUGGGCGGUGGGGGGAUCAUCAUUUUGGUGAAUAUUUGUAUUAGUGAUUUGUUUUCGAUGCGGAAACGAGGUAUCUACUUUGGUGUCAUGGGCAUGGUCUGGGCACUGGCGAGCGCGAUCGGACCCAUUCUCGGAGGUACUUUCACGAGCAAGGUGACUUGGAGAUGGUGUUUCUACAUCAAUCUGCCCAUCUCGGGAGUGGGCAUGGCCAUUUUGGCGUUUGUCCUCAAGCUGCACAACCCGCGGACACCGAUUCGCCAGGGACUGAUGGCGGUUGACUGGCUCGGCUCCUUGACGAUUGUCGGAGGCACGCUCAUGGUCCUGCUCGGCUUGGAGUUCGGCGGCGUAUCGUACCCCUGGAAGUCCGCCACCGUCAUCUGCCUUAUUGUCUUCGGCGUCCUGAUGAUCGGCAUCUUUGGUCUGAUCGAGUGGAAGGUCGCCGAGUACCCCGUCAUCCCGAUGCGGCUGUUCAAGCGCCGGGCGAGCGUGGCUUCGUUGUUGGUGUGUGCUUGCCAGGGAUUUGUCUUCAUCUCUGGUAGUUACUACCUCCCGCUCUACUUCCAGGCUGUGCUGGGCGCCACGCCGUUGUUGUCGGGAGUCUAUGUGUUGGCGUUUGCCAUGUCGCUGUCCAUCGUGUCGGCUGCUACCGGUGUCUAUAUCAAGAAGACGGGCAAGUACUUGCCUCCGAUUAUCUUUGGCAUGACUGUCAUGACGUUGGGCUUUGGUCUUUUCAUCGACUUGGAGCCGAGGCCCAACUGGGCCAAGAUUAUCAUAUUCCAGAUCGUUGCCGGCAUCGGAGUUGGUCCCAACUUCCAAGCACCACUCAUCGCUCUUCAGACCACCGUCCCAGGCCGCGACGUCGCCGCAGCAACAGGCACAUUCGGCUUCAUCCGGCAGCUCUCGACGUCCAUCUCCGUCGUCGUCGGCGGCGUCGUCUUCCAAAACCGCAUGGAGAAGCAGCACGAGCGGCUCGUCCAACAGCUGGGCCCCGAAAAUGCCAGCCUCCUGACGGGAGGAAGCGCCGCGUCGAACGUGGGCCGACUCGCCUCCUUGCCUCCCGACCAGCGCCAAAUCGCCCGCGAUGCCUACUUCAACGCCCUGCGCACCAUGUACAUCGUGUACGUGGCCUUUUCGGGGCUGGGCCUGUUCAUCUCGCUGUUUGUCGGCUCGAGGACGUUGAGUAAGGAGCAUGAGGAGCACAAGACGGGUUUGGAUAAUAUGAAGAAGGCGAAGGAGGAUGCGGCGGUUGAGGGGAGGAGACAGACUCCUGAGGAUGAGGAGAAGGGUUCUAGUGGGUAA